AAACGAACAAAAAACCGCCCGCCGCCGCCGCGCCGACACCACCACAUAACAUAAUACCCAUCCCCCACCACAUCAAGACACACACACACCGCCCGACCCCCCGUCCGACGCUCGCUCGCUCGCUCGGGUGAGGUCGUCGGGAUCGCGCGGCACAAUGGCGAGCAAUCGUUUUCAUGCCCUGCACCCCGCUUCCAGGCUCGGCAUGGCGGACGAGCGUCGCAGCACCACCACGACUCGUGGUGCCGCAGGCGCAGGUGCAGCUGCAGCUGCAGGAAGAGCACCGCCGCCGACGUCUGCGCCCGCCGCCGCCGUCACCACCACCACCGCCUCCUCCUCCUCCAUUGCCGCCGCCGCCGCCCGUCUGCAGCAGCACGACCAGGAAUCGGGAAAACCCCGCGGCCAGCCGAGGAAGCGAAAGGGCCAUCGCGGCGGAAAGAAGAAGCGCGCGCGCAGAAAGAGCUUCGCUGCCCUCACCGAGGAUAGCCACGAUGAGAUGCACGAGGAUGCGGGCGAGGGCUUCUACAAGAUGCCCACCGGCAACCUGAGCGGCACGAGCAUCGACAGCGAGGCCCUGCUCGACCACAGAGAGCACAAGCCCAUGCGGCUACGACGGCCCUCCACCGUCGCCGCCACGAGCCCCUUCCACAACCCCUUCUCGACCCCGGGCGCCAGCCGCCUGCGCUCCAUACACACCCCCAACAGCGGCGAUGGCGAGAGAGCCGACGAGGCCAACCCCUGGGAUGAGACGGCCCCGCUGCUCUCCGAGUCUGCGAGGUUUCGAGCGUCGCCCACGGGUCCCUCGAGCUACGGCGCCGCGAGCCGCAACCGAAGCCGCAGGUCGUCCAGCAGAUCCUCCCGGACCAGAUUGACCGCAAACUUGACGGUCAAGGACGGCUACGAUGUCAACCACCCGCCCUCGGUACCCGGGUCGCCGGCCUUUGGGGGGGUAGACCGCCCCGAGUUAGCCUUUGGAGACGUCAUGAUCCGAGAUGAAAUGUCCCUAAGUGGCAGCCCCCAUGGCUCGCUCGACGCAGGCGAGGCCAUGUCCGAGGCUGACGGCACCGUGCGCGAUCAUCGAGCCGACCUCGCACGGCGUAUGACCGAGGCGGCCGGCGACGUCUGCUUCCCCGCCCCCGACAUGUCCGAGCUCGGCGACGAGGAUGCCCAUUCUCGCGAUGUUGCCGCCCACCAAUACAGAGGACGACGCCGCCGCGCUCAGUGGCCGGACCUGUCCGUGCUGGAGGAGUGGCGUCACUUUGAAAAGGAGGACCGGAGCGAGGAGGUCCGCGUAAAGAAGAUCACGGAACCCCAGCUGAUCAACGGCCGGCUGCGCCCAGUGAGGAAAGGGUGGUUCCAGGCUUAUGAGGAUGCACCCUACCGCUUCACCUACUUCAACGAAGAGUUCCAGAGCACCAUACACAGCCAAACCAUUUCCGAGCUGGUCCAGCCUGGCGGAGGCUUCCGAGAGCUCUUCAUUCCCGAUCCACGCAUCUUGUCGGACAGCGAGAGCGACGAUGACGAUGAUGACGACGACGAGCCGUCAACGGGCCUGAGACCACAAAACUCAAAUGGCGGUGACCAUGAUUCGAGGCUCUCAACCCGACAGCCGUCACUCGCCGAGCCUCGCCGCGACGGGGCACUGUCACCGGGCCACGACGCUCCAGCCGUGUCGGGGCGUGCGACGCCCAUCGCCACCAAGUCGCCCGAGGUCACCCAGAAAGAGGCGCAGCCGGGUCCACGUGAGACCACGUCGACGCCCCGGCCUGUGAGGUAUGGCGAUAGGCCGGUGUGGUGGCUUGACGUACUGUGCCCGACAGAGGCCGAGAUGAAGGUCAUCUCCAAGGCAUUCGGCAUCCACCCGCUGACGGCAGAAGACAUCAUGCUCCAAGAGGCGCGCGAGAAGGUCGAGCUGUUUCGCCACUACUACUUUGUCAACUACCGAACGUUCGAACAGGACAUCAACAGCGAGGAUCAUCUCGAGCCCGUCAACAUGUACGUGGUUGUGUUCCGAGAGGGCGUGCUCAGCUUUCACUUCUCCAUGACACCUCACCCGGCCAAUGUCCGUCGACGCAUCCGGCAGCUGCGGGACUACCUCAUUCUGUCUUCCGACUGGAUCUCGUACGCCAUCAUCGACGACAUCACAGACGUGUUUCAGCCUCUGAUUCAAAACAUUGAAGACGAGGUCGACGAGAUAGACGACAAGAUCCUCGAGUUUCAUUCGUCGACUGACAAACGCCUCAAGGGCGAGAAGCCGAGCAAGAAUGACGACUCUAAUACUUUUGUGGACUCGAGCGACAUGUUGCGACGCGUAGGCGACUGCAGGAAGCGGGUCAUGAGCCUCUACCGGCUGCUAGGUAACAAGGCGGACGUCAUCAAAGGCUUCGCGAAGCGAUGCAACGAGCGGUGGGAGGUGGCGCCGAGAUCUGAGAUAGGCCUCUACCUCGGUGACAUCCAGGACCACAUCAUCACCAUGACCUCCAACCUGGGCCAUUACGAAAAGAUACUGGCUCGCUCUCACGGCAACUACCUGGCCCAAAUCAACAUUCGCAUGAACGAACGAGCGGAGAAGACCAACGACGUCCUGGGCAAACUCACCGUCUUGGGCACCAUCGUCCUGCCCAUGAACAUCAUCACAGGGCUGUGGGGCAUGAACGUCUGGGUGCCCGGCCAAGAGUACGAGGGUGACCUGCAGUGGUUCUUCUGGAUCACGGCCGGGCUCCUCUUCUUUGGCCUGGCGUGCUUCAUGAUUGCCAAGCGCGUGUACGGUAUUGUAUAAUCGAUCGCCCAAGGGACACGUCCCACAUAGCGUCACAUAUGCCCCUUGUCCCCCUCUCUUUCUCGCCCCCCCCCCCUCUCUCUCCUUUCCCGGCUCUCUCGCCUUUUUCCCGUCUCUUUUUUGGUAUAUGGCGUCUUGGCGGCAAGUGCAUAAGACUGGAAGAAUCUAAAAUGGAAUGGAAUGGGGGUAUUCAAGGAGGGAUGGGAAUCCGGCGUCUCGUUUUUUCCCCCCGGGGGGUUGCCGUUGGCGAGAGUGGACCUGGGCUGCCACGGACCUGGCAGGAACCCCCUACGAGCACACGAUUAUUGGGGUAAUAUGCACCCAUUGUACAUACCUAGGGUGAAGGAUCCCAUUAGAUGUAUACAAGCGAGCCUCCUUUCUGGCCAGAACACGAUGUCGUAUAGUCAGUCAUUUGCAUGAUGCUACAAGCACAGGAAAAUUGAGAUUCCUUCCUUGUG